CGAACCCCCAUGGCCCUCCGCCGCCAUUGAGAACUGAAAUCGAAACUAAUCCGACGAUACGAGCUCGAGCUACCCCUCCGCCCCCCUCCAUUGCACCCCGCAUCACCACUCUCACCCUCACUCCGGCCACCACAAUCCAGAAAAGAUGUCAACAACAGCGCUCAAGCUCGGAUCGCUCGUGAUCCGCACGCUUGCAAAACCCAUAGCGACCCGCAUAAAAUCGCAAGCGCGCGACCAUCCCCGUUUCCGCAAAGUAUGCAUCGUACUUGCCCAGCGCCUGCACCAGAUCGAUAUGCGCCUGCGCCUGGGGCUCCUCCGGGACACCUCGGCCAACAUCGAGAAAGCGGAGAAAGCCGAGGCCCUGCGGCGCCACAACGAGUCCCUACGGAAGAUGAAGGAGUCCGAGGCGAUCUACCCGGCGGAGACGGGCCAGGUGCGGAGUGAUAUCGUGACCGCGGUGCCGAAGCCGGCGGAUGGCGCUGCGAAGGAGGCGGGCAAGGUGGCUGCGCCGAGGAUCAGGCCGUUGACGGAGAGUAAGGCGAUCGAUGCUGGGGCGAACUUCAUCUCUGAGUUCUUCCUGUUCAGCGUGGCGGGCACCCUGAUCUUUGUCGAGGCGCUGCGGAGUAAGCGGAAGGAGGCUUCGCGGCGGGAUACGGUGCUUGAGCGUCUGGAUCUACUCGAGACACGGAAGCGCCAGGACCAGGAGCGGCUCGAGGAGCAGGAGCGCGAGCAUGAGUUAUUGCAGCAGAGGGUGCUCGCACUGGAGGAGCAGUUGUGGAAGGAUAAGGGUGGGAAAGGGAAGUUCCCUGGUGCAGAUGCGGGUUCCGGGGCGGUGAGGGCGUGGCAGCCUACCCCGCUGUGGGAGCCGAAGAGUGGGUUGGAAAAGAGUUUUUGGCAGAGGGUUUGGGGCGCGGGUGCGAAGGAGAAGAUUACCGACGAGGAGGUGGUGCUGACUGCCCAUUCGCCUUCCGGGAGUCCAUAGUGGGUUUAUUUCGGGCGUGUGUGCUUGCGGUUCGCUGUACCAUAUAUCCAUAUUUCGCCGCAUCUCCCGAAGCGUGUAGACUACUGUACAUAUAGCAUUCUUACAUUCAUAACUUACUCACCUAUACCUAUC